AGCAAGGGAUCACGGAGCUCCUGGUAAGGUACGAAGGAAUGUAGGUCUUGCGCGGCACCAGGCGCCAGAUCCACACCCGCGCCCGCCAUGAGGAGCCGGAGCGAUCCCGCCCACUGCACGCGCACCCUCCUCUCCCUCACAUUCCUCGCGGUGCUCGUCUGCUCCGUCUACUACACCCUCUUCCUCCGAUCUCGCCUCCACUCCGUCCAGCAGGGCCAAGGCCACGGGGAUUUGCCCAGGAGCUCCAGCAAGGUAGCAAUCACCACCGGCAUUUCUACUGCCGCUGUCGAUGAAGAAGAAGAUGGCGUUGCCAGCCACUCGGAGGAGGUGGAGGAGGACGGCAUCCACAGCCAUAAGCUAGCGGAGGAAGAACAGUCCGACGAUGCGGUGGAGACCACGGCGGUGCAAAGUUUCCUGGUGUGUGACGAGAAGUUCACCGAGAUAAUCCCGUGUCUCGACCGGACAAUGCUGACUUACUUGAAGAACAAACCAAACUACACGCUCAUGGAGCACUACGAGCGGCACUGCCCUCCUGCCGACAGGCGGAUCAAUUGCUUGGUGCCUCCUCCAGCCAACUACAAGGUGCCGAUAAAGUGGCCUGCAAGCCGAGAUCAAGUGUGGCGUGCGAACGUGCCUCACACAUUUCUGGCAUCCGAAAAGUCUGACCAGCACUGGAUGGUGAUCAAGGGAAACAAAGUCAUCUUCCCAGGAGGAGGCACUCACUUCCACGAUGGCGCUGAUAAGUACAUUGCCGGGCUUGGAAAGAUGCUCAAGAAUCCCGACGGAGACCUCAGCAGCAAAGGGAAGAUCCGGACUGUGCUAGAUGUCGGCUGUGGCGUUGCAAGCUUUGGUGCUUACCUUCUGCCGCUCGACAUCCUUGCCAUGUCCAUGGCCCCAAACGACGUGCACGAGAACCAGAUCCAGUUUGCUCUGGAGCGAGGCAUUCCAUCGACGCUGGGUGUUCUCGGGACCAUGAGGCUGCCCUUUCCGAGCAAAGCUUAUGAUCUGGCGCAUUGCUCUCGGUGCCGUAUCGAGUGGGCUCAGCGGGAUGGCAUUCUGCUGUUGGAAGUGGACAGGGUGCUGAGACCGGGGGGAUACUUUGCGUGGUCGUCACCAGCGGCUUACCGAGACGACGACGAGGACAGAAAGGAAUGGGACGAGAUGACCAGCUUGACAAGCCGAAUGUGCUGGUCCAUUGCUGCCAAGGAGGGCCAGACUGUGAUCUGGAUGAAGCCACUGACCAACGAAUGUUACAAGGAGCGGCCGAGGAACACCAGGCCUCCUCUGUGCAGUCGACAAGAUGAUCCUGACGCAGCAUGGCAAGUGAAGAUGAAAGCUUGCCUUGUGCCACUGACCGAGCAGAACGAUGCCAUUGGAGGCAGCGGAUUGUUGCCGUGGCCCGAACGUCUGGUUGCACCUCCGCCGAGGCUGGAAGAGCUACACAUUAGCGACAGGGAUUUUGAGGCAGACACGGCUGCAUGGAAGGACAAGGUUGAGGCGUACUGGGAGAAGCUCGAGCUAGUGAAAGAUUUCAGCGUUCGCAACGUUAUGGAUAUGAAAGCUCACCUGGGUGGCUUUGCGGCUGCGCUCAAGGACAAGCCGGUGUGGGUGAUGAACGUAGUGCCUGCCAGCGGCCCAAGCACGCUCAAAGUCGUCUAUGAGCGUGGACUCAUCGGCUCAUAUCACGACUGGUGCGAGUCAUUUUCUACGUACCCGCGUACCUACGACCUGCUGCAUGCGUGGGACGUGCUCUCGGACGUAGACUCCCACGGCUGCAGCGUCGAGGAUCUCCUCCUUGAGAUGGACAGGCUGCUUCGUCCCAUGGGAUACGUUAUCAUCCGGGACUCGCCCGUGAUGGUGGAUCAGGUGAAAAAGUACCUUGGGCCCCUGCACUGGGAUGCUUGGGUCCAGGAGUUCCCCGCGGAGUCGGAUAUGAUGCAGGACAACGAGGAGGCCGUGCUGCUGGUCCGAAAGCGCCUGUGGAAACCAGGCUCGGCUUUUGGGCAAGCGAGGUAGCAUAAGCCGUGCUAUCCUUUUUUCAAUCGUUUUGGCUCUGGUUAGCUUGUCCUUGGAAGCUUUUGCGCAAGCUGAGAAAGAAAAUGGCUGUGGAGAUGACUUUUAAGUUGUUUCUCAGCUCUUUCUCAUAUCCAGUACUGAAUUCACAGCAUCAGUGAGGGAGAGGAGAACGCUGGAAAUGCUCCUCAAGACUUCUACCUGGCAUAGAUCAGAGUGCCCAUUUAAUUGAAAAAAUUAGGAUUAAUUAGUGAGAAUUACUAAUAAUCAUAGAGUUAAAGGAAUAUUUUAAUCCA